GCCACAGUAUAAAGGCUGCUGUCCAUCCUCAGCCUCCACUCUCUGGAUACACAACACACAGCUGCCUGCACUAACCCUGAGGUGAAAAGACAGGUGACGAUGACUGACCUGGAGACCUCGAUGGCCACCAUCAUUGCAGUAUUUCAGAAGUAUUCAGAGAGAGAAGGAGACAAACACAAGCUGAAGAAGAGCGAGCUGAAGGACCUGCUUCACGAUGAGCUGCCGGAGCUGAUGGCGCAUGUGAAAGACCAGGCCACGCUGGACAGCCUGAUGGAAAGCCUGGACACUGACGGCGACGCCGAGUGUGACUUCCAGGAGUUCAUGACAUUCAUCUCCGUGGUUACCGUCUGUUGCCACGAGUUUUUCGAGCAUGAGGACGAGUAAGGGGGGAGCUACAGUAAAUUAUAAAGAAGCAGUUAAGCCUAGCAACCUGCCGAUGAUGCCUUCAGAGCAGCGCAGGGUGGGAAAACACAACUCCAGCCAGCAGCCAAAAGACUAUGGGUCAGGUUGGCUGGUGGCUGACAAACAGUCCAGUCUCGUCCUCAGCUUAGUCGUAGAGAUCCUACCAUUUUCUAUUCUUCAUCAAUAUCUACAUCACUUUGAAAGCUGAGAUUUGGCAUCGCCACGAAGCUCGUUACAGAAUUAGCCACUGAUUUCUAAAAGUCUACCACUGAAUUAAAGUAGUUGAAAUUCUUUAACAACAUUUCACACGUUAGACAGAUGUUUAGAGCUCCAGUUGGCUGCAGAAGUUCAGCUUGUAACUUUUUUAUUUAUGUGCUUUUUAAAAGCAGAGUGGCUAACUAGCUACUUGGCUGUAGCGGUUCUU